UCUUCUUGCAUUGAUAUAAACUUUUUUGGUAUAUAUUUUGUUGCAACCUGGAAUGUUUAACUACAACCACUGACAUAUUUUUAAUGUUAUAUUAUUUUCUUCAAACAUGAUAUCGCUACCAAUGCACAUAAACGUUCGUAAAAAGAUAAAAAUGUAUAUAAUCUGGAUUUCUUUACAGGCAUUUUUAAUUUUAUUCGUAUCUGUAUGUUUGUUCUUAUUUUUUUAAAAUUAAAUAUUCUUUAAAUUUUUACUAUACAAGUUGCAUCUUAACCAACAUGAGUAAAUAUUGAAUAGUUAUACCCUGAAAUUCUUCGUGACAAUACAAGCCAUACCUUUUAUGAAACGCGAUUUUUCCUAAAAAAAAAAGUUCGUUUACAGUUAUAAAAACUGUGAUGAUAAUUAAAGAAACAAAAUACCGCAAGCGUCAGAACUUGGAAGGGCUGUUAUACCGUGAAGGUCCAUCAUCAAUUGAAGAUGAGCGAGCCCUGUCAGGUAAUCAAGCCGAAGAUGACGCGCCAAAGGGACUAAAUGAAUUCAUUCCCCAUUCUCCCGACAAAGUGGACGAUAUAACUGAACUUGCUGGAAGCGAAGUAUUAAUUGUUUAUUUUGCAAAACUUGGGACUGCAGCCAGAGAUAGCAUGGUUGAUUUGGAAUACUUGGAUACUUUAAUCAAGUCUGGAGCAAAAGUAAAUUACACAGACAGACAUGGUCAAACUGUCUUGCACGAAGUCGCGCUGCGAUGGCCCAUAGAAGUUGCUGAGUAUCUGCUGCAGAAAGGAUCUGAUUUAAAUCUCGGCGAUUCAUUUGGUCGUACUCCUUUGCACGCUGCCGCAGCUGUCAAUAAUGCAGAGAUGGUGAAAUUGUUGGUUGCAAAUGGAGCUGAUAUUCAUGCUCGCACAAACAAGGAAAGGCAAACACCUAUUCACUAUGCUUCGAAGUAUAACGCUACAGACUCACUUGUAAUGUUAAUCGAGUUAGACGCCAGACUGGAUGAUCGAGAUCAUAAGGAACGAACACCGCUUCAGUUGGCUGCAGAAACAGGUCGAGAAGAGGCUUGUCGUGUUCUGAUGGAAAAUGGUGCGCCGGCUGGAGUUUAUGACGACACGGGUACCACAUGUUUAACUCAUAUGAUUGAAAAAAUGCCGGAUGUUGCUGCAGAAGCGUUAGGACAAUUUCAAAAAAUUGACAAAGCAUCUCGGACCGUCUAUUACUAUCUAAGCUACUUGGAAAGUCAUAAAUGGAAGUUAUUGAGGCAAAAAGAAAAAGCCGGUAGAAGAGUAAUGACUAAGCGAGAUCCUCUUGAGGCAAUUAUCAAAUACAACGAGUCUCGUUUGAUCAUGCACCCUGUCAUACAACGAUUACUGGCCAAAAAGACAGAAUUAUAUGGACGCAGACAUUUUGUUACGUCACUUCUGAUCAACUUCAUAUUUACAGCAAUAUGGACAGCUUUGACAAUAACCUUGCCAGGUCCACAGGAGGUGGAAAGUAUGAAACGUGUGCAAUUCUAUGAACCUAUCAACGAGUACAUUUGGCGAGUUAUACUCGAAGUUAUCGGGUUAUUGAUGGCUUUGUAUUUUGUGUUAAAAAUACGGAUUGAAUCCGAAAUGGUUGCAAAAAAUUUUUUCGCAUACAAAAUUGGUCGAAUGCAGGAAAUCAAGCGCGACUUACCCUAUUGUCAUCCCAGAUGGCCUCAAGAGAACAAGUUCAUAACCGAAGAAUUAAAGAAGGUGGAAUCUGAACCACUGGCAUCACUUUACGAUAUUUGGUACUAUAUGGAUGUACUCAGCUUUCUUGGGCUUGUGUUACUGACCAUUACUCGAGUAAUUUUAAUUCAGAUGGACUACAGAGAUAGCGAGUAUCGAACUGUACUCGAAGUUCAUUACCACGCUUAUCCUUUUGUUCUGAUUAUCAUUUGGUUGCGAUUCAUGCAGGCAUUUCGACCUUUUAUCACACUUGGUCCGUUCAUUGCUAUGCUUGGCUACGUGGCAGCUGAUACGAUGAAGUUUGCAUUUUUGUUCUGCGAAUUUUUCAUACCGUACUGUUGCGCAAUUUGGAUUGUGUUCGAUAAUGACAAACCGGAUAAUGCAUUUCACAAUUUUAACGACCUUAUGUUUGAAGUAUUACGGAUGACAGUGGUUGAUAGUUUCAAAUUCGAGGAUUUGGCGAAUCAAAACAAAUUGGUUGCUCAGUUGAUUUGUGGAACUUACCUUGCCUUGACCUCCAUUACUUGUCUCAAUUUAUACAUAGCUUUACUUUCUGAAACUUUUUCCCGUGUGUUUGGGAACGCGACGGCUACAGCUUAUAUGUUGCAAGGAGAGGCCUUGAUUUCAAUCGAAAAGAAAAUGCCAGAAAAAACUCAGGAAACUAUUCAAGCCUUUAUUGCGGAAAAGUGUUCACCAGAGGCUGUGUACGGCGCUACGGACGGUGAUUCGGACGAAAACAGUGCUGUGCGUGACAUCAUGAGUGAAAUGGAUACACUGAGAAGACAAUGUGAAGCUAUAAGAAAAAUACAGAAUGAAAUGAAACCAAAGUCGAUUUUUUUAAAAACAGAGGCUGUGGAUAUCAUAAGGCAACAGGACGAAUUAAUGCAAGAUAUUGAUAACAGUUUAAAAUACAUGACUGAAGAAUAAAAAUCGCUGUAGUUGUUGCUGUGCUGUUGUUAACAGCGUGUACGAUCAAUUUUAGCCUUGUGACGAUACUGUAAACUUAUAUACUUUGUUGGUUACGUGUGUUUUGAAUAUAUUUUAAUUGUUAAUGUAAUUUGCAACAAAUAUUUAUAUUUUCUGCUCUAUUCAAUUUAAA